CAACACAACAGUCUCGAAUUCAGUACAGGUUUACCUUGCACCCUGAAAGGAGGUUGUAGGUAUAGCGUCUCGUAGAGCGUCGUCGGGCGUGUGGUUCGAGUGUGUGAAGCCUUAGUCGGGGGUCUCCGUCGUUACCUUUUACGUGGCUAUUUCUUCGAUCCGGACCCUAAAGAUUGCAUUUGCGUGAGUGUGUGUGUUUGUGUGAAGGCGAAGAAGGUGCGUCGCCAGCUAGUGUCGAUCGCCAGAAGAAAUAGUUGGUGCGAUCUCUACGUGGAUUAGAACCGUUUGAAUCAUGCUGAAUUUCGAUCGUGACGAGUGGAUCCAAUAAAUCUCUCGAGAUGCGUCUGUCGGCCAGGAUUAAAUGCUUCAGAUAUCUGGUUUAUGCAUAUAUUGUUCUGAUUUCGAUUUGUGGUGGCGCCCAGCUGGUGAUUGGCGCGUUCCUGCUAUGGACUCAUCGACAGUAUUCGACGAUAGUUAACGAUCAGUUUUGGGAACCGUUCGCGGUCAUCAUCGUGCUGGGGCUGGUCUCCCAGAUGCUCUGCUACCUCGGAUGGACAUCGACGAGCAAGAAGCACCGAUGUUACUUAGGAACGUUCUGUGCAUUUCUAGUGAUACUAAUUGUGAUCCAGUUUCUAAUCAGCGGCUGGGCGGUCGCUUCUAAAGAGCAGCUCAUGACGCCUGCCGAGGUGGCCAUCGAGGACAGCUUCCUUCAGUUCAUUACCAAGGACGGGGCCAUCACCGAUCAGACGCACAUCUGGAACCGGCUGCAGCGGAAUCUCCAAUGCUGCGGUUUCAACAAAAUCGAUGACUACAAUAAGUUGAAGAACGUUCCGUGGUCCUGCUACGAUCCCAUCAACAGCAAGGUGCACAGUACCGGCUGCAUGCAUGUUCUGGUGAAGAGGAUCGAACUUAACAUGAUCAAAGUAGCCAUCGUUGCGAUAGUAUCUGCAUUAAUACAGAGUCUCGGCAUUUUCUGUGUGAUUCAGCUGGUAAUGCUACUGAAGCGACCGAAACUGUCGCUCCCGAACGGAAACAACCACUCGCUGAGGGUUAAGCGACCCCGGGAACUGGUGCCCCUAUCGGCCACCACCAUCGCCGCCACAUCCAGUGGAAUGACCUCUCACACGAUGACUGCAUCGCUGGCACCGAUGGCCCCGAUGGGACACAGCAGCGGCACCAGUACAAAGCCCCCGAUUGCACAGAAACCGAAUGUGCCUAAAAUCGAACAUCCGGUCAUCAAAUAGCAGCGCCCCAAUCCGGCAAGUUGUGUUCUUUGAGUUGCAUUUUUGAACGAUUUUUAUUUUUUAGUUUCUAGGAGGUAACAGUAUAAGGUGUAAGAGACUUUCGAAUGCUCCUCAGAUGAUGUAAUACUUAGUACUUAAAAGAAGAAAAAACCCGGCCAUCUCGUCCAUUAUUCAUAUACUUAGAUACGCGUUGAUAAUAUUUUUUAAUGAUAAACGAGAGUACUUAUCACACUACGUUUGAGCUGCUAUAGGAAUGUAGAUUGUAAGGUUCAUCGAUUUAGUCGUUAUCUCCUUUGACCAUACACGUUAUAUAUGCCAAUUCGUUUUAUGAGAGCGAAAUCAAUAUUACGACUACCUAUAUGUACGAAUAGAAUAUUAAACUACGUAUCGAUUGUCGCUAAGUCGAACUUGACAUGAGUUAUGGAUCAGGAAAUAUUUUUAAU